AGUGGUGUUUGUGUUUAUUAACACCUGAAAACUUUAGUGGAAUUGAAGCAGUACAAGCAUAUGUUUUUUUGGCAUAAAAGCAUUGACACGUAAUAAAUUCCUUAAUUGAUUUCUUGGCACUCAACAAUCCUCACAUUUAGACAUAUCAUAGGAAUAAAGCGUUUUUGAGGUGAUAUCUCCUUAAGCACCGAAUCAAUAAUAAGUGGGGAGGAGAUAGAAUAAAAAUCACAUCAUUUCUCUAUAUAAAUCUACUUGUAAUAGGAUACUCUAUUCAACCAAACAACUAUUUACUAUGAGCCACGGAAUAUGAUUGUAAUGGUUAUGCCUUUACAUUGAGCCAAAGAUGGCAUUAGUUUUCAUUCAUAGAGCUGCUGGGAUUCCUUUUUAAGACAAUCAUAUAUUAACUAGACAAGAAUUAGUGAUUAAUAAUAAAAAAUCAUUUAGAAAAGAAUUAUAGAUCAUAAGAAACAAAGGGGAGGUUUUACCAUCUUCAACUUUAAUUAGGUUGUUGAUUCUGUUUGUUCCACUCAGACCCACCUUUUCUUUUGCUGUCCCUAUGUAGAUUGAAAGGCAGUUUAAUGAAGCGAACGGGGUGGAUGCAUCUGGGUUUGAAUUAGAUUGGGUAAACGGGAGAAUCACAGUCGAAGGAACUUAGGUUUUUGGAUUUGUGAUUGGGAAAAUUAGGGUUUUGAUAGGGGGAGAUUUUUGACAGAUGAUGGAAGGUAGGGGUUGAAGUUGGUGAACGAAGGGAGAAGGACUUAAAGAGGGGGGAAAAUAUAUAGACAUUAGGAGGGUGGAUUGAUGGUACUUGAAGGGUAAAAUGCAAGGCUAUGCAUGGGCAGGGAGGAGGUGAGGAGAGGAAAAAGGCACAACACAUGCGGCAGCCCCUACACGUGCAACGGUGGUUCUGAGUUGUGAUGGUGGUGCUUUUGCCUCUGUUCUUCCUUUACUGUUAAUUCCUUUUCAAAGGUAUUACUUCCUAAAGCAAUUUUUCUUAAUUAGGUUAGAUUAGAUUAGAUUUUUCUUUAUUAGAUUAGAUUUUUCUUUGUUUUCUAGGUUUUCCUUUUUGUUUGAUUGUUGGUAUGUUUUAUCAGUGAUUUGGUGAGAGGGGCUUUAUCUGAUUGAUUUUGGGAAAUAAAAAGAAUUGCAGUCACAGCUGAAGAGCAUAAAAAUGAGACAGAGAAAGAAUGGUUCUUCAAUUAAGCAUCCAAAUCUGUCUGAUGCUGAAGCAAAAUCACAAAAGAAAUCUCCAUAUUCUUCAAAGGAUGUAUUCUUAACUUGUUUGGGAUUUCGAAUGCUGAAUGCAUUGUUGAUUCAAACUUACUUCAAUCCAGAUGAACACUGGCAAGCACUUGAAGUUGCGCAUCGUAUUGCCUUCGGGUAUGGUCAUUUGACAUGGGAGUGGGAGGAGGGAAUCCGAAGCUACUUGCAUCCAAUGAUGUUUGCUCUCUUUUACAAACUUCUCGCAUUAUUGCGUCUUGAUAUACCAUGUGUCAUGAUUAAGGCCCCACGACUGCUGCAAUCGAUAUUUUCUGCGGUUGGUGAUUUGUACUUGUAUAAACUUUCAUUUGUCCUGUUUGGUGAUGGUGUUGCAAAAUGGGCACUAUUUUCUCAAUUGGCAAACUGGUUCAUGUUUUUCUGUUUCAAUCGCACAUUUUCAAAUAGUUUGGAGACCACUCUCACUCUUGUAGGCCUUUACUACUGGCCCUCAGUGAGAAGUUCUUUGAACAAAGCUCCUUCAGGUUCGAGAAAAUGGGGUUUGGCCCUAGCCGCAUUAGCUUGUGCCAUUAGACCAACAAGUGCUGUUACUUGGGUGUAUGUUGGCCUACUUGAGUUGUACUUGACUCAUGACCGCCUGAGAUUUAUAUUUGUGGAGUUGAUUCCUAUUGGGAGUGUGGUGCUUGGAAUUACGUGUUUGUUGGAUCGUCUAAUGUAUGACUCCUGGGUUUUAGUACCACUUAAUUUUCUCAAGUUCAAUUUUCUCUCCUCUGGCGGAGAUUAUUAUGGAACUCACAAGUGGCACUGGUACUUCACUCAGGGAUUUACAGUAAUGGUAUUCAGUUUUCUACCAUUUUGUGUUGCUGGCAUUAUCAAGUCUAAAUAUUGGAAGCUUUCUGGGCUUAUUCUAUGGGUUUUAGGACUUUACAGCAUACUUGGUCACAAAGAAUUCAGAUUUGUCCUCCCUGUACUUCCUAUAAGUUUGAUAUUCGGUGGAUAUUCACUAGCUGCACUUGAUGAACGUGGUUCUCGAAAUGGUGCAAAGAAAAGAUCUUCGUGCAUUUGCAACAAAUGGCCUUCCAGAAAGCAACUUGCCAUCUUCUUCUUGCUUGCAUCCAAUAUUCCAAUGGCCCUGUAUAUGAGUUUGAUUCAUCAGAGAGGAACUGAGGAUGCGAUGAACUAUCUAUCUAAAGAAGCUGCAAAAGGGAAAGUGAAAAGUAUCGUUUUCCUAAUGCCUUGCCAUGCCACACCCUACUAUUCCACUCUGCAUAACAACCUGCCUAUGCGUUUCUUGGAUUGCGCACCCAAUAAGGGAAUGCCUACUGAAUCAGACCGUUUCAUGAUGGAUCCAGUUAGUUUUGCAGUAGAUUUUGCAAAAAAUUGGUCUCACCCUAGUCACAUUGUAUUGUUUGAUUCAGAGGAGAGGCACCUGAAGGAUUUUCUAGUUUCACAUUCUUUUAGAGAGGUUAGAAGGUUCUUCCAUGCUCACUUUAAGGUGGACCGUGAUCUUCAAGCAUCCGUUGUUGUAUACGCUGACUGACACGUAAAAGUUUCUAAAACCUGUUUCGCAAUCUGGCCUUGAUCUUUCUGAGCGUUUUUUGUUUCCAGAUGAUGGAAUUCAUUUAUUCUUUUUAGAAAUUUUGUUUUUUUUAAAAAAGAAUUUGAACUUGAGAAAAAAAAACCAUAGCUGCUGGUGGUACUAUGCUCUAUAUUUAAGAUGAUCCCUGGUGAUAAAACGAUAAAUCACGUUUUUCAUGUCAUGUAAACAUGCUUAUGUUAGUAAUUUUGAGCAUUUACAUUUUGGACUGUUGAAGGAAAGGAAAAACAAUUACUUUAUGUUGAUGUAACCUUUGUUUAUUUCAAAGAUAAUCUGAUUUGGUUUGA